AUGCAUUUAAAGACUUUACUAAAGGCAGCCGUGCUGGAGUACAGAGGGGAACUCAUCAGCUGUCAGGAGAGCCAGAGAAGACAACGCCUUUAUCACAACUCCCUAAAGGCAUUCAUGUUCGACUUCAUCUGGCACGGAAACUUCUGGACUAUUGAUGCUGCAAGGGAUGAUGGCACACUUCGAAGACUGGUCAAUGACGACCACAUUAAACCCAACUGCAAAAUGAAGAGAAUUCUUGUAGAGGGAAAGCCCCAUUUGUGUCUUUUUGCUUUAAGAGACAUAAUACCUGGAGAGGAGAUCACCUAUAAUUAUGGAGAUGGUGACUGUCCCUGGAGAAAUGAAGUGACAAAAUGUGGAACAGAAUCAGACUGUAUUCGUCCAGCCUCAGAUGGUGCCUCUGGAGAUGAUCACCAUUGCACCCAACAUUCAGAGCCCGAGUCUACUUCCAGCAAACAAGAGACAAAAUGUGGAGCAGAAUCAGUCUGUAUUCAACCAGCUUCAGAUGGUGCCUCUGGAGAUGAUCACCAUUGCACCCAACAUUCAGAGCCUGAGUCUACUUCCAGCAAACAAGUAUGA